AGGAACUGGACACUGGCAAGUUUCCUUUGUCCCAAUUGUUUGAGACAGGGCAUUCUUGACAGGCCGUCUGGCCGGAAGAUUUGUCGAGCGUUUCUUUUUUUUGAAUUGAUUUAGAUCACGGCAUAUAUUUUUGUCAAGUUGACUUGAAGCUUGGCUCCAUGACUUCAAUCUCUUGUUCAGAUUUGGAUAGACAAAUUGAACAGCUACUCCGGUGUGAGUAUAUCAAAGAAUCUGAGGUGAAAAUUUUGUGCGCGAAGGCAAGAGAAAUUUUGGUAGAGGAAAGCAAUGUCCAGCACGUGGAUGCUCCAGUAACGAUCUGUGGUGAUAUUCAUGGACAGUUCUUUGACCUGAAAGAGUUGUUCAAUGUCGGUGGAGAAUGUCCAGAUACCAAUUAUCUUUUUAUGGGCGACUUCGUCGAUCGAGGAUUUUACAGCGUAGAAACUUUCUUGCUCUUGCUUGCACUGAAAGUACGCUACCCUGAUCGAAUCACGCUGAUACGAGGGAAUCAUGAGAGUAGGCAAAUCACACAGGUUUAUGGAUUUUACGAUGAAUGCUUGAGGAAGUAUGGAUCUGUGAAUGUUUGGAGGUAUUGCACAGAAGUAUUUGACUACCUUUCCCUCUCAGCGUUAAUCGAGGGAAAGACGUUCUGUGUUCACGGAGGGCUUUCCCCGUCCAUUACAACCCUGGAUCAAAUUAGAACUAUUGAUAGAAAGCAAGAAAUCCCUCAUGAUGGUUCUAUGUGCGAUCUCAUGUGGUCAGACCCAGAGGACAUCGAUGGCUGGGGCCUCAGCCCAAGGGGAGCAGGUUAUCUUUUUGGAGGAGACAUCACGGCACAGUUUAACCAGACGAAUAACAUUGAAUUGAUCGCUAGAGCUCAUCAGCUUGUGAUGGAAGGCUACAAGUACAUGUUCAACGAAUCUCUAGUGACAGUAUGGUCGGCUCCGAAUUAUUGCUAUCGAUGUGGGAAUGUUGCUGCCAUCUUGGAGUUGGACGAAAACCUCAAUCGAUCAUUCAAGAUCUUCGAUGCAGCACCUCAGGAGACUAGGGGUGUUCCAGCCAAGAAACCUCCUCCCGAUUAUUUCUUGUAG